UAAGUUCAACGGGAUGAAAUAUAAAGCAUGUAGCUUUCGCAGAACACGUCCAGUUCCGUGCCAAAUUGCUUGAUCAGAACGUUUUUCUUGGAGUGCGUACAAACACCUGUUCAUCAUGGGAUCCUCCCCGAUAAUCCUGUCUACCGUUGUGGUAGUUCUGUGCAUCUCCAUGUGGACCGUUGUUUCGUCGCCUGUCUCUAAUGUGCAGCAAUCAUCUGCAGUCGUAGAUCACCAUCUGCAGCGACGAGAAAUUAUGUUCCGGCCACUGUUCGCGUAUCGUGAACAGGAAAUAAAGAAAAGACGCCUACAGGAGGCAAGAGACGACAGGCGCAUUGAUCAGCAGGAAUACGAGCGGCAGAUGCAGGAGUAUGAGAAGGCGAUGAAAGAGUAUCGCGAGAAAUAUGGCGAAUGUUGUUAGUUUCCUCCAGAAGCUUAAAGUGAUAAUUUUUUCUAUUAUUUAACGAAUAAAAAUAGUAUCUAAAUCUAAAA